UGAAGCUGGAGCAGUGAUUAAGAGGUUGCCAGCCAUUCUCUACCCCUCUGCAUGGGAACAAUACUUCCAAUGCGUCUUACAAACAUCCUCCCGCUUCAGCGAUCCUCAAAACCACAGACCGCUGGUGGUGGCGUACUUUGGACUCUAUAAAGAUGGGUUCUGUACGGAGUCCAACUCAUUCUCUAAGCCUACCUUCUUUAGAAGCCAAAGUAGAUGACCUUUCUUACAAACUGGAUCAGUUUCUCUCAAGAGGAAAUGGAAGCUGCCCUAUCUGCUCCACCUGCAGUCUGCACACCUCUAGAUGGGAGGCAGCCGAGAGACAUCUUUCUGACCAGUCUAGACUUCUGGAGAGACUGGAGAAGAGAAUUGACUUGAUGCAUAAUUCCCUAGAUGGGCAUGUCAAAGAUAAGGUGGUGGAAGAUAGAUCCCAGGAUGGAGAUCCCACAGAAAAGCAGUCAAUUGGAGGAAACCUUCAACAGCUCAGAGGCCAACCAAUGGCAGAGUCUAAAAGAAAAAAAGAGAGAAAGGGGACAGGAGAAACUGUCAUGGCUACUGUUGUUGUCCCAUCAACAGUUGUCUCUCAAAAGACCCAAAAAACAUCAAUUACUGCAAAGGGUGACACUCCAAAUCAACUGGAUAUUGGACAGCAGGGUAAAAAACUGCAAACAGGCACCAUUCAUCCCAAGAAAGGAGACGAGUCCUCAAUGGGAGGACAACCAAUCAGAUUGAAUCUUCAAGAGGUCAGAUGUAAACCAGUGGCUGUGACAACAGCUGUAACAACAGUACCAUAUAAGACCACACCCACUUUAAUGACUGGAAAGCUGGAUAUACAACAGGCUAGAACACAGUCCCACCCUAGUGCUCAUUCAAAGAAAGGAGAGAAUGGAUCUGCAUCAGAACGGCCAACUGUUUUCACCGGAGGAAACUCUGUGGAGGCUGACACCACAAAUGAUCUAGUAAUACAACAGCAUGGUACAAAACAGCAACCUCUACCUGCUUCUUCAAAGAAAGGAGACAGAGGUUCCACCUCAGACCACCAAAUAGUUGAAAACUCCCAGAUGGGACAAUUAAAGGCAGAGUCUCGAAGAAGCUCUGGAAAGGAUGAGGCUGUAGUGGAUGCCACCCCUAAUCAAUCAAUGCAGAUCCCUCCAAAGAUGGGGACUACUGUCACGACGGUCAAACCAACAGUAGUGAUUUCACAGCUUGUGCCACAAAAGAAGUACGUACUGUCUGUCCCAACAACAACAACCACUGAGAGCUCUUCCCUUCGACAUGUCCACAGCUGUCCAGAGUCAUUGCAAAGACUCCAGUGCCCCGGGCCUGUUCCUCCACCUGUCUUCUUAGCCCGUGGUUCUUCUCAGGAGAAGAGCUCCAGUACGGUGAGAGGGACUGGUUCAGGCUCAUGCUCAGCCAGUGGAAUCCAUAUCAGAGUUGAUGCUGCCGCACCAGACAGGACCACACCCAAGACCCCACCAAAAACAUGUUACAAAGUCAUAGAUGAUGUUCCUCCACAGCCAGCUCCUUUCCUCCAUCGUUGUGUAGCUUUACGCUCCAACCCUCCAUCGGAUGCCUUCAUCAUCCACAGCAAAGAGAUCCUUGGAGGUGGACGCUUUGGAAAAGUACACCGGUGUACAGAGAAAUUAUCUGUACUAAAACUGGCAGCCAAAGUCAUCAACACACGAAAUUCGAAAGAAAAGGAAAUGGCCAUGAACGAGGUGCAGGUGAUGAACCAGUUAAAUCACGCUAACAUCCUCCAGCUCUAUGAGGCCUUUGAGACAAAGAACCAAGUGGUGUUAAUCCUUGAAUAUGUUGAGGGUGGAGAGUUGUUUGAUAGGAUCGUAGAUGAAAGCACACCUUUGACAGAGGUGGAUGCCAUGGUGUUUGUAAAACAGAUCUGCGAGGGGAUCCACUACAUGCACCAGAUGUUCGUUCUCCACCUUGACUUGAAGCCAGAGAAUAUCCUUUGUGUGAAUCGCACCAGCCAUCAGGUGAAAAUAAUUGACUUUGGUUUAGCAAGAAGAUACAAACCACGGGAAAAGAUGCGUGUAAAUUUCGGAACACCUGAGUUUCUGGCCCCGGAGGUGGUGGACUUUGACUUUGUCUCUUUCCCCACUGACAUGUGGACCCUUGGAGUUGUCACAUACAUGCUCCUGAGUGGCCUGUCACCAUUCCUGGGUGACGAUGAGAGCCAAACCCUCAACAAUGUCCUGGCUGUCAACUGGUACUUUGAGGAAGAGGCUUUUGAGCACAUCUCAGCAGAGGCCAGGGACUUUAUCUCCAACUUGCUUAUCCGUGAGAAGGGGGGAAGACUCAGUGCUGCCAAAUGUCUCAAGCAUCCCUGGCUCAACAACAUCUCAGAGAAGGCUAAACACAACAACAUAAUACUCAAAUCCCAGGUCCUGCUGAAGAAAUACAUGGCCAAGAGGUUGUGGAGGAAAAACUACAUUGCAAUAGCAGCAGCCAACAGAUUCAAGAAAAUCAGCAGUUUGGGUUCUCUAACCUCUCUGGGAUUCUGAGUCUCUGAAUCGCUGAGGCCUCAGCAUAAAGCCUCUGUCAUAGAAGACAUCCACGGCAGAGCUCUAAAACCUUUCUUUGCUCGCACCAGCUGCAAGAUACUCAACAUACAAGAUCAGAAGUACUGUUUUUGUGGAACUGGACAAACCAACAAACUUUUGGUGGGAAGGCCACCCUCCAAAUCCAAAGUAUCCAGGACGUGAGCAUGCAAAAAGGCAAAAAUAUUUGAAUAAGCAGGUUUCUGACAACAGAAAUUGUUGUUUGACAACAGUAGUAUUUUCUGUUUUGUUUUUUGUAGUUAAUGUUAGGAUGUACAUAGGAGAUCCUGUUUCCAAUGUAAUUUGCUGCACCUUAUGAUUUUACUCAAUAUUUAAAUCAAUAAUCAUAAAAAAAAAUAUUUGUGGCCACUUAUUUAUACAUUGAAAUAACUGCAGUGAUAUGAAUGAUUCAAAAUAUAACAUUUGUUUAACAAAUUAAAAGAAUGAACAGGUUAACUACAAACUGCUUGUGCAUAAAGACUCUUGCAUUGUCACAAAUAUUUGCAAUUGAGUGGCUACAGUAUCGGUAUAAACUAGCCACUCCAACUGCAAAUUCUGUUGAGGGUGGAGAAAAAGCCACAGAUCACAUAGCCAGAAAAACCUGUAACCCUUUGAAAUGAUGCCAAGAGAGACAAAGUCUCUGAAGCAUGGAAUUGCAGUUUUGAUGUUCCACAGUUAAAUAUCUAGAAAAUGCCGACAGAGCACUCUGUGAAAUGUAUAUAGGUCACGUGAGCUGCUACAGAACGGACGGUAUAGAAGAGUAACAGGAGAUGACUAGAACACCCAUUCCAUUUAGUAGAUUAAAUUCACCAUUGUGUGUGCCUACUGUCCAAUGCAUGCAGAUAUAUGCAAUCCAUUUCAUAUCCUCACCCCCUUGUAAUUUCCUGUGACAAGGCAACAAAAAAAUACUGUUACAUGAAGUAUUUACCUGAAUGGAACAUAGGCAUUUGACACUAGAUAAACACGUGAAAAGUAAAUAUUUCAAGACAAAAAUCACCAAAAUCUAAAGAAUACUUUAUUGUUUAAUGUUCUGACAACAAAUUACAAAGUAAUAUGUAAGAGCAGUUUAACCAUUCACCUUUUCAUAUUUCUUUAAUCUAUAAUUUGAUUAACAACUAGACCAAUAUUGUCCUAAUUCAAAAAAGGUUGUGGUGAUACCUGCACAUUAGUAUAGCUCCAUGCUAAAUCUAAUGUCGGUAUCAGAAUAAUAAAUUUUUAUAUGAAUUACUCAAUACAGUUUCAUUGGGUCAUUA